GUUGAAGUGAGCUCGUGGCACAAACACUUCCUCCAUCUCUUAACACUAAUCCGACGGCUAAAAAUAAAUAUAUUACAUCCAUCCAUAAUUAUUUCGCACUAUCCUUUCAAAAUUUUCAAAAAAAAAAAACUCAGAGACAACAAUGGCUGCUCUACCAAUCGCGUUUGCUACUCCUAGUGUAAGAGUGUUUGCAGCAACGGCGGCGAAAGGAGCCGGUGGCGGUAAAGAAGAGAAAAGUUUGCUUGACUUUAUUCUUGGCAGUUUAACCAAAGAAGACCAGUUCUAUGAGACUGAUCCUAUUCUCAAGAAAGUCGAGGAGAAGACUAGCGGCACCGCCUCUGGCCGCAAGAACUCCGUCUCUGUUCCUCAAAAGAAGAAGAAUGGCGGCGAGGGAGGCGGCUUCGGUGGACUUUUCGCCAAGAAAUGAGGAAAUACAUAUAUAUGUUUUAAUAUCAUUCUAUGUAAUCUUUGUAUUCUGUCUCUCCAUUUAUAUUUCUUGAUCAUGAUAAUGAUGAUGAUGAUGAUUC